UCCACAUACAUAUCCAAACCAAAUUCCCUCUUUGUUUCUUUCUUUGCUUCUUCUUCUUCUUCUUCUUCUUUCCCCUACCGUUUUUUCUUUCUCUCUCUUCCCGCUUUUUUUUCUCUUUCCUUUUCCCAAUUUCAGAUCUCAUUUUUCUUCCUCUUUUCUAUUCAAUACCCUUUUUUUUACCUGUUAUUUUCCUUCAAAUCACUAUUUUCCCAAACCCCAUAUCUCAAAAACCUCAAGAACCAAAAAGGGUUUUUCAAUUCUAUCAAUUUUCACUCUUUUUUGCUACUAAAAACAAUAAAGAUUGAAUUUUUAGGAUUCUUGGGUUUUUUUCUCAGCUGGGGUUUGUUCAAUAAAUCAAUUUUCCCUCUUCUUUUGCCACUUUUUUUUUUUUGUGUGUGUGUGUGUGUGUUUUUGGGGUUUUUCUCAGCUGGGGUUUGUUCAAAAAGAAAGAUUUAGCAUCCCCAAAUCAAGAACUGAAAAGGGUUUUCCAAUUCCAUCAAUUUUCCAUCAUUUUUUGCCACUGAAAAUGAAAAAAGAUUGAAUUUUUCCGACCCCAUAUCCCAAAAACUUCAAGAACUGAAAAUGGUUUUUGCUAUUCCAUCAAUUUUCCAUCUUUUUUGCCACUGAAAAUAAAAAAGAUUGAAUUUUUCUGACCCCAUAUCCCAAAAACUUCAAGAACUGAAAAGGGUUUUUCUAUUCCAUCAAUUUUCACUCUUAUUUGCUACUGAAAAUAAUAAAGAAUUGAUUUUUUUGGGUUUUUUUACUGAGCUGGGGUUUGUUAAAGAAGAAAGAUUUAGUAGAUCAUGCCACCCCCACAGCAGCAACAACAAUCUUUGAAGCGUCAGCUUCAGUUUUCGUCGAUUACUAAACCGGUUUUUGGUGACUAUCAUCGGUUUUCUACUGAUCCGGCUUCUCAAGAACCCCCUGGAAUUGUUGUUAAGACUCCGCCACUGAAGCGGAAGAUUGCAGCAGCAAAUAAUGGACAGGGGGUUGGUGACCAGAAUCCCGUUUCUGGAUAUGCUAAUGUCAACAGCCCCGUGCUGACACCAAUGUCCGGAAAAUCUGGAACUGCACAGAAAGUUCCGAGGACUUCAAAGGCCAAAUCUGCUUCUCAAGCUAUUGCAUCCAAUGUUGGAUCCCCUUCAGGCAAUAAUGUUACUCCAGUUGGUCCUUGUCGAUAUGAUAGCUCUCUGGGUCUUCUAACAAAGAAGUUCAUCAAUCUAAUCAAACAUGCAGAAGACGGUAUGCUUGAUCUAAAUAAAGCUGCUGAUACAUUAGAGGUCCAGAAAAGGCGUAUAUAUGACAUUACAAAUGUCCUGGAAGGCAUUGGGCUGAUAGAAAAGAAACUCAAAAACAGGAUCCAGUGGAAGGGUCUAGAUGUCACGAAACCAGGAGAAGCUGACCAGAGUGUUGCAAGUUUACAGGCAGAAGUGGAAAAUUUGACUAUCAAAGAGCAAAGAUUAGAUGACCAGAUAAAAGAAAUGCAGGAAAAGUUAAGGGACCUGAGUGAAGAUGAAAAUAAUCAAAGAUGGCUUUUUGUCACUGAAGAUGAUAUCAAGAGCUUACCUUGUUUCCAGAACGAAACAUUGAUAGCAAUCAAAGCUCCACAUGGCACCACUUUAGAAGUCCCCGAUCCUGAUGAGGCUGUUGAUUAUCCACAAAGGAGAUACAGAAUAGUGUUACGGAGCACCAUGGGCCCCAUUGAUGUUUACCUUGUCAGUCAAUUUGAGGAGAAGUUUGAAGAGGUAAAUGCAGUUGAGGCACCGCCAAGCGUGCCUUCAACAUCUGGUCUGGAUGAGAAUGCAACUGCAACAUUGGCUACUGAUGAGGAGAACAGGGAAGUCGUUAUUGGGAUCGAGGAAAACGAAAAUCAAAGAGUGUGCUCCGACGUAGGUACUUCACAGGACUUUGUGAGUGGAAUCAUGAAGAUUGUUCCAGAUGUUGAUAAUGAAGCAGAUUACUGGCUUCUGUCAGAUGCAGAUGUUAGCAUCACUGACAUGUGGAGGACAGAAUCUGCUAUUGACUGGAAUGAGUUGGAUGUAAUUCAAGAGGAUUAUUCCAUCGCUAAUGUCAGUACACCACGAGCCCAAACUCCACCGCCCACUACAACCGAAGUACCUUCUGCAGCUAAUACUACCAGGUGCUGAAUGGUAUUUGCUGGUGUUUAUGUGGAUACCUGGGCUUAGUUUUCUGAAAGAUGAAUGGUCCAUCAGCAAGAUGAUGCUCGUUUUUGGUCGAGUAAGAGUUUUCUACAUUAGAUAUAAUCCUCUGUACAGCUAUCUGAACUCUAAAAGGAAAAAAACAGGCGCAUCCAUCCGGGAGCUCUUGCAUUUGAGGCUCGAGAAAUUGCUAGACCGGGGCCGGUUGUUCAUUGUACAGUUUAGAUAUACGUAGAUUGUACUUGUAAUAGCAACAGUCAGUAGGUUAAACCAUCGAAAUCUUGCCUCGUGUAUUGUCUAACUUAUCGCUUUCUCUAAUCUGAGCUCUAACAAUAUAAUUAGGUGAAUUCAAAUGUGUAUUAACCUAGAUUAUUCUUCUACUUGGACAAGUUUGAUUUAGUUACUGCAGUCUUUUUUACAA